AUGUUUACGUCUCUCUCAGCUCCUACUUCACUGUCUUUCUCUUUAGUCGCCGUUAAAACUCCUCCGGUUCUCCGUCGUGAUCUUGUCUCUCUGCGCAUCAGAGCAAGCAAGAAUGUCUCUUCUGAUUAUCCUUUUGAUAAAAAGCUCAAAUCUUUCGCCAAAUCAGCGAUUCUAAUUGGCGCUGCUGUUUCAAUAACCGGAAAGUUCUCAACUUUACCGGCGAAAGCGGAAUCUCCGGUCACGACAACCACCGAGGAAGUGAAAGAAGAGAACAUCACGUCCGAGAUCGAACCCACUUCGCCGUUAUCCGAGCUUCUAGAUUCCACCCCUGAAGCUGUCAAAACACUGAGAUCACUACUUCAACAGAAGCUAGAGAACGGCGAAGACGAAGAAGCUCUCAAGCUCUUAGAGAAGCUCGUAACCGCACAGCCUGAUGAAACAGAGUGGAAGUUUUUAAUGGCGAGGCUAUUAGGGGAGAUGGGUCGUCCCAAAGACGCACGCCAAGUGUUCGAGGAAAUUCUCCAACGAAACCCGCUUUCCUUCGAGGCUUUGUUCGAGAACGCGUUGCUCAUGGACAGGUCUGGGGAAGGAGACGCGGUGCUGCAGAGGCUGGAAGAUGCUUUGGCUGUAGCUGAAGCUGAGAAUAUGGUGAAGGAGAUUAGGGAUGUGAGGCUGAUCAUUGCGCAGAUACAGUUCUUGCAGAAGAAUGUGGAUGAAGCGUUGAAGAGCUAUGAGCAGUUGACGAGAGAGGAUCCUAAGGAUUUUAGGCCGUAUUUCUGUAGAGGUAUGAUUUAUAGUUUGCUUGAUAAGAACGUUGAAGCUAAGGAGCAGUUUGCGAAGUAUAGAGAGCUGUCUCCGAAGAAGUUUGAAGUUGAAGGGUAUUUGAGGACACCAUUGUCUAAGAUGAAGCUCUUUGGUAGUGGUGGAGAUAACUGA